GGUACGCAUUGCCUUCGUCGAUUGGCCGUACCCAUGCUCGUUCGCCUUAACGCGCGAAAACCGUACAGGCUCGUUUAAACAUUUCCAUCGCGCGAAAGGCAAGUUUGAUCGGUUUCCGUCGAUCAGUGUUUCUGGUGCCGGUGUCAUGACGCGAAGUUGCACGUUGCGCGCGUGAUUCGAGAAGACAGUGUGUUCCGAAGGGGUAAACUGUAACUGCACUGUGUCCACGAGAAUCUUGCUGUCAUAAAACCAAUGAAGCGGUGCUAGGGUGCGAACAACCCCUUGGAAUCGUUGUGAGUUUUCUUAUUAUCGUUGACGAGGCAGAAAUGGCACGGGCAGAGUCACGGUGAGAAAAGGGCGAGGGUGAAGCCCUCGCGCGAGACGAGAGCCAUGGUGAAAAGCUUCGGUUUCUUCGCCAGGCGGGCAAUACCUGCCUACCACCAUCUUGUGCUUUUUCUCGCACUGGGCGGCACGACGAGCGCCGUAGACCUCUCCCAAUGCAUCGCGCCGCUCGGCAUGGAAUCCGGCGCGAUCCCGGACGCGGAUAUCACGGCCAGUUCUACCUUCGACACAGGAAACGUCGGUCCACAGCUAGCACGAUUAAAAGUAGAGAAUCUCGGUGGCGCAUGGUGUCCCAAGAAUCAGAUCACCCAAGAAGCCCGAGAAUGGUUGGAAAUCGACCUUCAUACGGUUCACUUGAUCACGGCAACGGCUACUCAAGGUCGUUUCGGGAAUGGCCUGGGCGUUGAGUAUGCAGAGGCGUAUCUGCUCGAGUACUGGCGACCGCGUCUGGGCAAGUGGGUCCGAUACAGAGAUAUCAAAGGGAAAGAGGUAAUACAGGGUAACACGAACACGUAUUUGGAGUCCAAGCACGAGCUGGAGCCACCUCUGUGGGCGAGCAAGAUCCGUUUUCUGCCCUACAGCCAUCACACGCGGACGGUUUGCAUGCGGGUCGAGCUCUACGGAUGUUACUGGAGCGAUGGCGUGGUAUCCUACUCGAUGCCCCAAGGUGAUAAAAGGGGUAAUGGAUGGGAAUUCUUCGAUGCCACCUACGAUGGACACUGGGACGGUGAGCUCCGCCGUGGUCUGGGUCAGCUGACAGACGGCAGAACUGGACCCGAUAACUUUAAAAUGGGAUAUUAUGAUAACGAUCGGAACCAGGGCUGGGUUGGUUGGAGAAACGAUACACGUGGACAGCCGGUCGAGAUCAAGUUCGAAUUCGACAAGGUUAGAGAGUUCUCGGCCAUACACAUCUACUGCAACAACCAGUUCACCAAAGAUGUUCAGGUGUUCUCCCAUGUAGAUAUACUGUUUAGUAUAGGAGGUAAAUACUACACGGGAGAACCUAUCACGUAUACCUACAUGGAAGACAAAAUUUUCGAGUCAUCGCGGAAUAUCACUAUCAAGCUCCAUCAUCGAGUUGGCAAGUACGUGAAAUUGAGACUUCACUUCUCGGCCCGGUGGCUUAUGAUCAGCGAAGUGACUUUCGAUUCUGAUGUGGCUCACGGUAACUUCACGCCAGAGGAAGCACCGACAACUGAGUCACCUAUUCAGAGCGACGUCUUCGUGGAGAAAAACGGUGCUGCAGAGGGUGAACUUCCGGUCUCGACAGCUAAGCACGACGACCCGACGUACAUGGCGGUCGUGAUCGGCGUGCUAACCGCCGUGAUCCUUCUGCUCGCCGUGGCGAUAUUUCUGAUUGUCUCGAGACACAGGCAACGCAAGUGUUUCGCAAGCCCCAUGACCGGCAAGGCGCCAUCGCAUCUUGGAUCUACCUGCGCCACCGUUGAAAAAGGAGCUGCACUGAUGGCGUAUACUCUUGAGGACGACGAAAGAUACGCCGGUGGUUCGCUGCCGACGUUGCCGCGGGACCUGGGGAACCGUCUUUUGGACAUCGUAAAGCUCGACGACUAUCAAGAACCCUACCAGGCAUUAAAGUACGCGCCGUACUACAGCUACAGCACCGUCGUUAUGGAGAUGAAAGACAUGAUGCUGAACAACAAGGGCAGCAACAUCAAUCACUCAGCGGUGUACGCGAACGGUGCAGUUGACACAUUGUACGAUUAUGCGGUACCGGAACUCGGCACGGUGCCCCUGCUCAACCAGGACGCCACAGGACGAGGAGCUGCCACCGCCUCCGCGGGCAGCAACGACCAGGACAGCAUCUUCUCUAAGACCUCCUCGAGAGGCAGCAAGACGGAGAAUAAAAAGUCGCCGACUCAACAGGAGGUACUUUCGGCCCUGAAGAGACGUCUGGAGCAGACGAGCGUCCCGCUCUUCCCACGGCAUCGCCUCCGCAUGCUCUCGAAACUUGGCGAAGGGGCUUACGGAACGGUGUACGUGGCAGAAGCAGAAGGCAUCCCAGAGUAUGGAACGACGACCAGCGUCGGCAAGCGUCUCGUCGCCGUCAAAUUUUUACUGUCUGAAGCCUGCGAGAAACAAAAGAUGGAUUUCCAACGAGACGUCAGACUCCUAGCAGCCCUGGAGGACCGCAAUAUAGCAAGAGUCCUUGGAGCCUGCUGUCGCGAGGAACCAUACUGCAUAGUAAUGGAGUACCUAGAACACGGAGAUCUUUGCCAAUUUCUCAAAACUCAUAUCACUGCCGAAGAUGCUCAUUCCAUGCCCAUUGGCGUCAAAACACUCAGUUUCAACUGUCUCAUCUACAUGGCCGCUCAGAUCGCGUCGGGCAUGCGGUACCUGGAGAAUCUCAACUUUGUUCACCGGGAUCUGGCUACUAGCAUCCGAACUGUCAUCGUUACCUUACGGGAUUGUCGCUGACACAAUACAGGGAAUUGGAACGGAG